CGAAGAUAUAAUAGCAUAAUACCCAACAAUAGCACCAUCGCCGGUGCGCCACACUCUCUCUCCAAAACCCCAAACCCUAGAUUCCCCAAUUCCAUCCCUCUUGUCGUAAUUCUACCUCAGCUCGUAACCAAGUAGUGGAAUCAGUGAAACCCUAUGGCUGAUGCUGAAGUUGAUCAGAACAUAGAGGAACAUGAGGAGGAGGAAGAAGAGGAAGAGGAAGAACAAGACCAAGACCAAGACCAAGUGAUAGAGAACGUGGAGCAUGAGGAAAACGAAGGGCAGGAGGUGGCGGAGGAGGAGCCCGUCGCGGAGGCUGCAGCAGCAGCAGCACCACCACCAGAAGUAGCAGCACCAGCAGGGGGAACUGGUGGUGAUGGCGGCGGCGGCGAGAAGAAGUGGCCCGGGUGGCCAGGCGAGAGUGUGUUCCGUAUGUUAGUUCCUGCGCAGAAGGUUGGAGGUAUUAUUGGACGUAAAGGAGAGUUCAUUAAGAAGAUUGUGGAGGAGACACGUGCUCGCAUUAAGAUUCUUGAUGGUCCUCCUGGAACUUCUGAAAGGGCUGUAAUGGUAUCAGGAAAAGACGAGCCUGAUUCAUCUCUUCCUCCUGCUGUGGAUGGGUUAUUGAGAGUUCAUAAGAGGCUUCUUGAUGGUUUAGAGAAUGAUUUCUCCCAUGCUUCUUCAGGUGUGGCCGGGAAGGUUUCUACAAAACUAUUGGUGCCAGCAUCACAAGCAGGAAGUUUAAUUGGGAAGCAAGGAGGAACUGUAAAAUCUAUCCAAGAAGCAUCAAAUUGUAUAGUUAGGGUUCUUGGAGCAGAAGAUCUUCCUGUUUUUGCUCUUCAAGAUGAUAGGGUGGUUGAAGUACUAGGGGAUCCCACUGGGGUUCACAAGGCAAUUGAACUUAUUGCAUCCCAUCUAAAGAAGUUUUUAGUUGAUCGCUCUGUAAUUCCAAUUUUUGAAAUGAAUAUGCAAAUGGCAAAUCCUCAUCGAGUGGAGCACAUGCCACCUCACCAAUCAUGGGGUCCACCUCAGGGUCUUCCUCCAAAUGCCGGUGGAGGUCCUGGUUUUGUACCUACUCCUCAAUACAUGCCACCUCCGCGACCACUUGAUAGUUACUAUCCCCCAGCUGAAAUCCCACCUCCAGUGGAGAAACAGCCCCAUCACGGUAUAUCUGCCUAUGGAAGAGAUUCUUCAAUAGGUGUUCAUGCGUCUUCAAAUACCCAAUCUGCACCUUCCAUAGUGACUCAGAUCACACAGCAAAUGCAAAUUCCCCUAUCUUAUGCCGAUGCUGUUAUUGGAACAGCUGGAGCAAAUAUAAGUUACAUUAGACGGGCUAGUGGAGCUACGGUUACUAUACAAGAAACAAGAGGUGUUCCGGGAGAGAUGACAGUUGAAAUUAGUGGAACCGCUUCUCAAGUCCAAACUGCCCAGCAAUUGAUACAGAAUUUUAUGGCGGAAGCUGGAGCGCCAACAGCGGCGGCAGCAGCAACAGGGCAGCAGCCACAAACAGGGGGACCUGGUGCAGAUCAAGGAUAUAAUUCUUAUCAGGCUCAUAGUUCUGUUUAUGCAUCUCCACCAUCCAACCAAGGCCAUACCGGAGGCUAUGGCUCAGUUUAUGGUGCAAACUAUGGCUAUUGAGCUGAGCAGUUCUACAAAAUCUGCUCAUUGUUGAAAGUGUAGAACUGAUUUAUGUAAUAAUUUGACGAACAUUAGGACGCACUGCUAAAUUAUGCUUCUUUUUCUUCCUCCCUCCAUUUUCCUGAAUCUUUAUGAAUGUGAUUUUUGUAUGGCACUAGCUUUCUGUUUGUAUUGGUAGUCAUUUGGAAAUGCUACACACACUAUCCAUGGCCUGAUGUAUUAUUUACUUGUUUUGGAAAGUUGGUGCACCUAUGACCAUA